AUCAGUGCAGCCCCAUUAGUGCUACCUUUCAGUGCUCAUCAUUGUUGCCGAUCAGUGCCCAUCAAUGCCACAUAUCAGUGCCCAUCAAUGCCAUCUAUCAGUACCCAUCAGUGCCACCUAUCAGUGCCAGUCAGUGCUGCCUAUCAGUGGCCAUCACUGCCACUUAUCAGUGCAAUCAGUGCCAGUCAGUGAUGCCUAUCAGUGCCACAUAUCAGUGCCCAUCAGUGCCACAUAUCAGUGCUGCCUUUCAGUGCCCAUCAGUGAUGCC